AAUAACCUUGCCGGACGUUCCAACCCCGACGCGAGCCUUGCUGUCUAUCAAGGGACGUUUAAAAGUCUUUAUUGGAUUUGAUUACGUUCAUUUAAUCACCAUCUUGUCGAACAAUUACUUGAUCACUUUUGGGCCUAAUUUUCUCCCCCUGUCUCCUCGUCAGUUAUUGUUUAUUUCAUCACGGAAUUAAUGCAUGUACUGGCGAGUAGAGUGAAGAAAAUCGUUUACUAUGAUGUUGUAGUAUCCAAGUUGCCGCAAUUGCUGCAUCAACGAUCAAACUGAUGAAUUGCCAUAGACACUCAAAAAUCAAAACCGGAAAGCAGUUUGAUGGAGUAUGAAUAGACUCUUCGCCUCUAGGCUACUUCUUGCGUAGAAUCUCAGCCUGUUGUCAUAAAAUUCAUCAAAUUUCCCUAUUUCAAACGAUAGAAUUUACAGCCGCAUUGUUCAAUCUUCCCCGUGAGGAGAAAAUGAGCAAAUCGGAUUUCACCAUAAAAUAAUCUAUUUGUUGCGCUCAACAUUAUUUUUCUUGACGAUCCGGAACCUGAAGAAUGAAUAAUUGAUCUCGGACAAAAUUGGAAAUUUAUGUUGGCAUUAGUCCUGAAAAUGUGAAGGGGGGCUUUAAUAUCGACAUAAGAAUUAUAAAAUCGCGCAAAUGUUUGCAUAGCUGGUCUUCAGACGUAAUAGCCGAAGAUUCUUGGACACAGCGGCCUAUGCAAACAUACGGCUUAAACUACUUGUCGAUUUAUGAAGGGGGGAAUAUAUUGAAUUUCCACGGAGUCCGACUCCCAGUGUGAGGAGAUGUACCCUCGGAUAUUGUACCGGAAUCGUAAUGUUCAUUUCUGGAUCCACAAUUAGAAUCUAAAGUGCCUCACUGCUAUUCGAGAGAGAUAUAUAUCUUUUCCUCUAGAGAAAUCUGUUACAGAGUGUCCGUGUGUUUGAGUGUGCCUGUGACGUAUAAUGAUAAUAUAUCCAGGGCAGCUGGCCAUUUGUUUACACCGGUGACUCGUUUUAAUGGAGUCACCUUUUUCUUUUCUCUCUCACUGUGUUUUUAAUUCGGAGCCAAGGCCUUGAGAAUUACAGCGGGGAUAAUGUAUUGCGAAGUUUAAAGUAUACAUAAACUUAUCAAAGCAGUGUCUUGUUUACUAUAUAACGCCCGCCCUUAUAGGUUUGAUGUUGCACAGCCGUCGGAAAUAUACUUGGAACGGGCGAUUUUACUUAUAUUACAGAAAUGUUAACCAUUUCAUACCUACGGCCGAAGUUAAUUACUUGGAUAGAGUUAAUAUCAACAAGCAGACUUGAUCACUAAACGCGGAGGAUAUGUAUUCGUGUGUGCUAUGGACUCUUUUGUUGACAUUGCCACUCUUGAUAAAAGGUGAUCAAGUCAAAAGAACGGAUGUCUGCGAAAACAGCGGAAAGUUUUUGAAAUGUGAUUCCAAGUCGGUGCUAAAAAUUAAGGAUGUCGUCUGCAUGCCCAACAACUACACCUGUCCCGAGAAAGACCGAAUUGUCUCGAUCUGCGAAGGUCAAAGUUCAUGCGAGAGUUUCGGACUCCGGCAGCAGCUAUGGACCUACUGUCAGGACCAGCCACGCAGAACGGUUGUGGUUGAUUUCUCUUGCGAAUCUGUAGAAAAUACGCCUCAGUGUAGAACAAACCUCUGCAGUGAGGAGGCCAGAGAUUUACUAUGUCCCCUGGGGUCCACGAUUCACGUGACCAGGAUGAAAUGUGGGCCAGAUGAUGACCAACGCUGUCCCUGGAACCUAAACUAUAUUAUUUACCCUACCUGUGAAGGGAAACAGCAAUGCGGAGCUUCCGGUUUGAGGAUUCUGGGAUUGGACAAUGUGUGUCGUAACCGGUCGUUCGUCCUUGUUGAUUAUAUAUGUGUUCAAAAUUCUGAGGUACACGGAACAUGCACGGGGAUAACACAAAAACUCCCAGCCAGAUUCGGAGUCAUAAAGAGUCCCGGAUUCCCGCAGAAUCCGGAUGGGAAUCCCGAUGGAUGCGUAUGGACCAUAGCUCUUGGUCUUGGAAAGAGAAUUGACGUCACGGUUCACAUGUCCUACUCUCGCGAGGAAACGGAUGGGAACGACUGCUCUGCCAAAUUUCUGCACGUGCAUUAUAAAGACUGCCGAACCAUGACCGACGUUGCUGAGUACUUUUGUCAAACUCACAAUGUCAAUAUUGCCCGCCAGUCGUGUGGUGACGUCAGAGUUCAGAGUUAUUCCUACUAUAAGGGCGAGGAUAGGGGCAACCGAUUCCUUGUGUCAUAUGAAGUUAUUGGGUAUGACGUGAAAGGACCGUCCUUUGCUCCGUACAUCCUUCCUUGUGGGUCCACCGGAAGUGGCCUUAUUGCAUCUUCAAAAGAAAUCAAAGAUGGCGGCUAUUUGACGUCAGAUGAUGGGAAAUCGGGAAAUGGAACCGUUAUGGAGUACCCCCUUAAUCCCAGGAAAUUUUCAUUUAUUCUUAAAAUCGUCAUGAUCAAUUUCCUUCUGUUUGUCCUUGCCUUUAUUCUGAUCAUCUCCAUCUGCCUUGUGUGUUACAAAACACGGCAGAUUGACAGAAAGGGUAUUUAUCAGAUUUCUAAAGAAACGAAAGACAAUGCGAAAGUGGGCUCAUCCAAACAGAGAGAAGUGAACGAUGACACUCGAAUAUUACUCGGAGAUAAUCAUGAAAAUACUCAUUCAAAUAAAGCUAACAACCAUUAUUCUGCAGUUCACAAUAAGAGUUCAUAUGACGGAAUAUACAAUGAAAUUAGACCGGAUGUUAAUGCAGGCGGAACAACGUUAACGGAAGUUGUUCCGCGGAAGAAAAAAGAUCCCUACGCUUCUUACGAUAGUUUGGAUUUUGACGACGGAGUUGGGGCGGAUAUGGUCGGCGGAAAACGAUACAGCGCACGGUGCUCGGCGGAAAUUGCCGUCGCCAGUAUUUUACCGCCUGGCUGGUCAGAUUUAUCAACAGAACUGGAGAAGACUUUACCGAACGGUCACCAAGACAACGAGGUGUUUGUCGAUGCAGACGGAGGUGUGCCGCAUGUUCAGAUAAAUAAUGACUAUUACGCAAUCGUUCAAAAAUCCAAAACUCUUCUGAACGGUAAAAACUCGCCCGUCACCAAAAACUCUUUUGAAAUGGUGACGCACACGAAUUGUUCAAAUGGAGUCACGGGGGGCCCCUUUUCCUCAUCCGGGGCUCUGCCGCAGCAUGACUGUAUGCUCCAUAAUGGCGAACAAUGCUCUAAGGUUCCCCCGUUUCCAAAUCCUGAAACCUAUGAUAAUCUUAAUGAUACCACGGUAUCUUCUUCGUCUGCCUGAAUUUGUAUAUAAUCAUGUAUAGUUAGUUACAAUAUUCGUCAGUUUCAAUCACUAAUAUUUACAAGAAUCCAUAUCUAGUCAAAGACGAAAUUAAUCAGAUAGUUCUUCAUACACAAUACUUAGUAUGAUUAUUACCAAGUAUGCGUGGUACCAGAACCAUUAUUGAAAAAACUAUAUAAAUUAUGCUACCUCGGCAAGUUUUGCCACUGGAAAAAGACAAAGAAACUGAAAAAUAUACUCAAUACAAAAAAAUCAGGAUUUAAACAAAAAGCCAUGUAACUGUACCAAACUUGCAAGUUUAAUUUAAGGUACAUGUAGUUGUGCUACAAUUUACAUCAACAAGCAGUGAUUAGCUAAGGACUACUGUGGAAUCAUUAGAUUUCGUGGUGGCUCAAUUUUCGUGGAAUUCGUAGGUACCUCUCAUCCACGAAAUUACAUCCUCCAUGAAUUGAUAAAUUAGGGUAAUAAAGGCAUAUUUCCUUUUAAAAUUUAAUUUAAUUUUAAAAUUUAAGCCAUCCACGAAAAUUGUCCCCCACGAAAUUUAAUGAUUCCACAGUAAUUAAUAUUUUAUUGUAAGGUACAUGUAGAUCAUGUCCUCUUUCAUCAUUUUCAUCAUCAUCAUCAUCUGACAUGUAAUUAUCAUUUUCAUCAUCAUCAUCUUCUUCCUCCUCCUCCUCCUCCUCAUCAUCAUUUAGCGGAAAAUAUAAAGGUUCCUAUCGACCUAAAUGAUUUUUGUUUCUUCACGGGUAAGAAAAGCUAUGAUCUAUUAAAAACGUCAUGACCGUAACUUCAACCUUGACCUUUAUAUAAUCAAGGAUAUAAAUCUCAUGCCUAAUACAGUUUUAUUGGGUCGAACUUUACAAAGAAGCCUAUAGAACGGGAUGAUUUAACCAAGAGCCGACCGCCGUAUCUGUCUACAGAGAGGGGACCACUUGCCGGUUUUAGUCUUACUCAAGUGCAAUAUAAGUGCCAAAUAAAUUCAUUACCAAGUU